UUAAGUUCCGGGGAGGACUAUACCUCCGCUGUUCGUGCUGGCCGUGGCGACGACGACGACGACGAAGACACAGACCAACGAGACGACUUCUGUAAACCACCGGCGGUAGGUAGCGAGCGAUGGAGCACGGCGGAAAUGGUGAGGCCAUGGCGCCUCUGUGGAAGAUCAUCGUGGUGUCGUCCAUCGCGGCCGGGGUUCAGUUCGGGUGGGCCCUGCAGCUCUCCCUGCUGACCCCGUACGUGCAGCAGCUUGGCGUUCCGCACGCGUGGUCGUCCUUCAUGUGGCUCUGCGGCCCCAUCUCUGGCCUGGUGGUCCAGCCCACCGUCGGCUACUUCAGCGACCGCACCACCAACAGGUUCGGUCGCCGCCGCCCCUUCAUCGUCGCCGGCGCCGGGUUCGUCGCCGUUGCCGUCUUCCUCAUCGGCUUCUCCGCCGACCUCGGCCACAGGGCCGGCGAUAGCCUCCACACGCCGAUGAAGCCCCGGGCCGUGGCCAUCUACGUGAUCGGGUUCUGGAUGCUGGACGUGGCCAACAACAUGCUCCAGGGACCCUGCCGCGCCUUCCUCGCCGACCUCUCCGCCAAUAACCACAAGCGGAUGCGCGUCGCCAACGCCUUCUUCUCCUUCUUCAUGGCCGUCGGGAACGUGACCGGCUACGGGGUGGGCACAAUCAACAACCUCCACAAGUUCCUGCCCUUCACCACCACGGUCGCCUGCGACAUUUACUGCGCCAACCUCAAGACCAGCUUCCUCAUCGACGUGGUCGUUCUACUGGUGGUGACGAUCACUGCGGUCACGUUGGUGAAGGAGACCGUGGUCCCGUUGCCGAAGGAGCUGGCCAACGGGGAUGCCGCGCCGAUGACUCCGUUCGGCAAGGAGGUGACUGCCGCCUUCAAGAACCUGACGAAGCCAAUGUGGCUGCUCUACCUUAUGACCGCCCUCAACUGGAUCGCGUGGUUCCCGUUCAUUCUCUACGACACCGACUGGAUGGGCCUCGAGGUGUACGGCGGGAAGGCGCACGGGACGGGCGAGCAGAAGCGGGUGUACGACCUCGGUGUUCACGCUGGCGCCUUGGGUCUAAUGCUCAACUCGGUGGUCCUCGCUUUCUUCUCCCUACUGAUUGAGCCCGUCGGCAAGCUGGUGGGCGGCCUCAAGACGUGGUGGGCCCUCGUCAACAUCGUCCUAGCCAUCGGUUUGUUCUGCACCAUCCCCGUCACAAGGAUGGCCAAGGCGUACCGGGCAACCCACGGCAUGGUCCCACCCCCCGCCCACAUCAAGGGCGGCGCUCUCGGCAUCUUCUCCGUCCUCGGUAUCCCACUCUCGGUCACAUACAGUGUUCCAUUUGCGUUGGCAUCAAUCUACUCAUCCACUGCUGGCGCUGGCCAAGGGCUUUCUUUGGGCAUUGUCAACAUUGCGGUCUGUGUCCCGCAGAUGAUUGUGGCCGCUGUAAGCGGGAGGCUCGACCAAGCAUUUGGAGGCGGGAACCUGCCGGCGUUCAUCAUGGGCGGUAUUGCGGCUGUGGUGAGCUCCCUCGUGGCUCUGUUCGUGCUCCCAAACCCGCCCUCACAGGCUUCCGUGCCCGUCCUCAUUGCUGGUGGCGGACAUUGAUCUGAAGCCGAAGCGUCUUUACGUAGCUUCCUCUCGAUCUCUCCCCCCUUAGCAGCCUUGCAUGCUCGCAUUGUUCCUCCGCCUUCACCAGGCUUCACCGCCCUAUUUCUCGAUCCAAAAUGAAGUCCGCCGCCGCGAUUUAGGUUCCUUUUUUUUUUUUUGUGUGGGGGGGGUGAUUCUUGUAUUUCCCCGAAUUCUGUAAUAAAUUAAAAAAAAGAGAAGAGAGAGUGAACAUGCGAACAUGAAAUCUCUUUUUCGUGUCAUGAGCGUCCAAUGUUCUCUCCUAAUUCUACCGUCUCUAAUAAAAGUGUGUAAUUGUCAAAGGUUGUCGUACCUGAUAUGCACGCACGGCACUGAUACGAGUGAUCGACGCCAUGCGACUGCACGUGCUAGAAAGGACUCGUGC